UCGCGCGACGAUCGCGUCUCAGGCGUUCUAUUGUUUAGCAACGACCCUUUUGCGCUCCAUACAUCACCACCGUCUUUACAGUCGCCAUGGCUAGCGUUCAGCCGGCCUCGGGCUUCCAAGGCCCGGGCCAGCUGCCCUCUGGCUUGACCAAAGAGAUGAUCGGAACGGUCUACGCGAAGUACCAGCAAAUGAAGCAACAAGGCGUUUCCGAGACCGACCCCGAAUUCCUCAAAGCCAAGAACAUCCUCACUCUCGUCCAGCGGCAGAACAGCGCGCAACAACAGCAGCGACGUAUGAUGCAGCAACAGAUGCAGCAGCGUCAAACUGGCCAGGGUGAUCAACAACCGCAGCAGAACGGCGCCGCGGCAGGCAUGACCAAUGGCUCCAAACCUGCGGCAUCAGCCGAUGGUAAGGCUGUGGCUCCAUUGCAAGUAUCAGGUGCGACUUCGACCGGCCAGGUAGCCUCCGCCGAUGGUCCAACACCAACGUCCGCCACCGCUGCCGCCACCGCCUUCACUCAGGAUCAACUAGUCCUCUUACGCAAGCAGAUCGCAGCCUUCAAGCAUUUGUCCAAAGGCAUGGCUCUGCCCUUGAACAUGCAGCAGCAGCUCUUUGCUACCCAACAGGCGAGAAAGCAGAGUACUUCUGAAGCUGUUGCCGCCGCAAGCCAAGUUCUCGACAAUGCGACUCGCGCUGGCAGCGCUGCAACGGUGGGCGCAAACGGGCUCGGCUCGGGCGCGAAUGCUCCCGUCAAACACAAGCACCCAGACAAGUUCGAGAACCCGUGGGGUACUGAUACCGUCAAGAAGGAUAUUCACUACCUUGCGCACAUGUACCGCGCGAACCGACCGUAUAUUUCCUCGAUCAUGCCGCUCGGUGUCAGCGUGGAGGAAGUCCGUAGGGAGAUGAACCUGAUCGACCAGCGAGAACGAGAGGCUCGCGAGGUCAUCCUGUACAACCGCUUGACCGCUCGGAAAGCAGAGUUGGAGAAGAUCAGCGCCAACAUCGGAUCCUGGGACACUAGCAAGACUGACACCCCGGAGGACGAUGGCAAGGUGAAGCUUGCGUUAGUCAUUGAGCAAAAAAUGCUCAACUUGCUUCCCAAGCAACGCCUUUUGCGCAAGCAGAUUAGCCGGGAAAUGAUACAUGCCGAUAACCUCGCCAUGACGGCCAACCGAACCCUAUAUCGCCGACUCAAGAAGCAAUCGCUGCGCGAAGCGCGUCUGACCGAGAAGCUUGAAAAGCAACAGCGUGAUGCCCGCGAGACAAAGGAAAAGAAGAAGCACCACGAUUUCAUCGAAGCAAUCCGCAAGCAUCGCCACGAGCUGACCGAAGCCAGCAUGGCUCAGCGACAGCGGCUGCAGAAGCUGGGUCGUACCAUGAUCACGACACACCAGAACAUCGAGAAGGAAGAACAGAAGCGGGUGGAGCGCACUGCCAAGCAGCGUCUUCAGGCUUUGAAGUCCAACGACGAGGAGACAUACCUCAAGCUGUUGGGUCAAGCCAAGGACACUCGUAUCUCUCACUUGCUCAAGCAGACAGACGGUUUCCUCAAACAGUUGUCUGCAUCAGUCAAAGCGCAACAACGAAGCGCGAACACCCGACUCGGCGUCCAGCAGGAGGAGUCCGAAGACGAGGACGAGAGCGAAGACGAGUCUGGCGACGAGGACGCACCGCCUCGUCCUGGAAAGAAGAAGACCGAUUACUACGAGAUUGCGCAUCGUGUCAAGGAGGAGGUUACCCAACAAGCUAACUGCCUCGUUGGUGGUACUCUCAAGGAAUACCAGAUCAAGGGACUGCAGUGGAUGAUAUCACUCUACAACAAUAACCUGAACGGUAUCUUGGCUGACGAGAUGGGUCUGGGCAAGACCAUCCAGACGAUCAGUCUGAUCACCUAUCUUAUCGAAAAGAAGCAGCAGCCUGGACCUUACCUUGUCAUCGUGCCCUUAAGUACCCUCACAAACUGGAAUAACGAGUUCGACAAAUGGGCACCCAGUAUUACCAAGAUCGUCUACAAGGGACCUCCCAAUCAGCGAAAGCAGCAUCAGCAGCAGAUUCGCUGGGGACAGUUCCAAGUCCUCCUGACAACCUACGAAUUCAUCAUCAAGGAUCGGCCCAUUCUUAGCAAGAUCAAGUGGCUUCACAUGAUUGUAGACGAGGGUCACCGAAUGAAGAACCAGAACUCCAAGCUUAGCAGCACGAUCACCCAGUAUUACACAACGCGCUACCGCUUGAUUCUAACAGGAACGCCUCUGCAGAACAACCUGGUUGAGCUUUGGGCGAUGCUGAACUUCGUUCUCCCUACCAUCUUCAAGUCAUCCAAAUCGUUCGAUGAGUGGUUCAACACUCCAUUUGCCAACACUGGUGGUCAAGAUAAGAUGGAGAUGACUGAAGAAGAACAGCUGCUCGUCAUCCGUCGUCUGCAUAAAGUUCUUCGACCAUUCUUGCUUCGACGUCUCAAGAAGGACGUCGAAAAGGAUUUGCCGGACAAGACCGAGCGUGUUAUCAAGUGCAACUUUUCCGCACUGCAAGCUAAGCUGUACAAGCAGCUUGUCACCAACUCGAGCAUCCAGGUCAGCGAUGGAAAAGGUGGCAAGACUGGCAUGCGUGGCUUGAGCAAUAUGCUUAUGCAGUUGCGCAAAGUCUGCAAUCAUCCGUUCGUGUUCGAUGCCGUCGAAGACCAGAUGAAUCCUUCCCGGAUAUCAAAUGACCUGCUUUGGCGAACGGCCGGGAAGUUCGAGCUGCUGGACCGCAUCCUGCCAAAGUUCAAAGCUACUGGUCAUCGUGUCCUCAUGUUCUUCCAGAUGACGCAGAUCAUGAACAUCAUGGAAGAUUUCCUGCGCCUCCGGGGUAUGCACUACAUGCGACUCGACGGUUCGACUAAGGCCGACGACCGGUCCGAUCUUCUCAAGGACUUCAACGCACCGGACUCUCCAUACUUCUGCUUCCUUCUCUCCACUCGUGCUGGAGGCCUCGGUCUGAACUUGCAGACUGCCGAUACAGUCAUCAUCUUCGACUCUGACUGGAAUCCGCAUCAGGAUUUGCAAGCCCAGGAUCGCGCGCAUCGUAUUGGUCAGAAGAACGAGGUUCGCAUCCUUCGUCUCAUUACCUCAAACUCGGUCGAAGAGAAGAUUCUUGAGCGAGCGAACUACAAAUUGGACAUGGACGGCAAAGUCAUUCAAGCUGGUAAAUUCGACAACAGAUCCACGAACGAAGAGCGUGAGGCCAUGUUGCGUAUCAUGUUAGAUUCUGCAGAGGCAGUGGAGAACCUGGAGCAGGACGAGAUGGACGAUGAAGAUCUCAAUGUCAUCAUGCACCGAAAUCCUGAAGAACUCACAUUGUUCCGAGAGAUGGACAAACAGCGUUUGCUCACGGAACAAUACGGCCCUGGAAAGCAGUUCCCACGCCUCUUGAGCGAGCCUGAGCUACCCGACAUCUGGCUCCAAGACGACAAUGCCGUCCCCGAACCUGUUGAGGAGAUUCCGGUGGGACGAGGUGCUCGCGAGCGCACGCGAGUCAAAUAUGACGACGGUCUUACAGAGGAGCAGUGGCUUGAGGCGGUCGAUAAUUCUGACGACGACAUCGAAGCAGCUGUUGCGCGUAAGGAAGCUAAGAUCGCCAAGCGCGGCAAGAACAAGCAGGUACGGGUUGGGCAGGAUAUCGGUGAUUCGCCGGCACCUUCGCGUGACGAGUCCGAGGAGCCCCAGCCAAAGAAGCGUGGCAGGAAGCCCAAGGAGGUGAAGCGCAAGGCGGAUGAGGCCUCUCUGGACGGAGACCCUGGCCCUCGCAAGCGUGGCCGACCAGCUCCCAAGGUGCCAGAGACGCUGAACCCAGAGCAGCGGGCGGCACUCCAGAAGAUUGUCAACGAAGCGUACGAGGUAUUGAAUGAUCUGGAAGUUACAGAUCCCAAUGAGCCUGACCUUCCGCCCCGUGGCAUUAUCGAUCCCUUUAUCGAGCUACCGGACAAGUACGACUACCCUGAUUACUACCAGUUGAUCAAAACUCCGAUCUGCAUGCAGAUGAUCAAGAAGAAGAUCAACAAGAAGGAAUACCAGAACCUCCGACAGUUCCGUACUGACAUAGCUAUUCUCUGCAACAACUGCCGAACGUACAACGAGGAUCAGAGUCUUCUCUACAAAGACGCAAAUCUGAUUGAGGCUACCCUGGAUUCGAAGUUGACAGAGGCCACCCUGGACUACCCCGAGUGGCAGAACUUCAAUGACAGGGAUGACGGCUCUGUGAACGGAGGGCUGAGCACUGGCCUUCCCAGCGCAGUCGGCACGCCUCGGGCGAUAUGAGCGACUGGGGAGUUGAAAGGUUCUUUACGGUCAUAGACUUCGAUUGUUUGGCUUGAUCAAUCCGGCCAUCACCUUCGUGCGUGCGAGACGUCUGCCAGCCUCUGUACUUCUUGCACGCCUCUUUGCUCAGUUCUCCCCGU